AUGUUUCCCAUUCUUCCGGUGAUUCUAGCUUUGUACAACACUGUGCCACUAACCGUGGCCGGCAGGAUAAGAGAAUGCGACGAAUCAGCAAUCGCAGGCGACGAAUAUCGAACACUGUUCCUGCAAGCACACAAUAAUUACAGGCUUGCACUUGCAAAUGGAUCGUCGCGCGGAGCACGUAAAACUAAACUACCAGGAUCGAAGAGCUUGUUCAAAUUUAACUAUAACUGCCAAUUGGAACUGCUUGCAAGUGCUGUCGCUCUCGAUUGUCAAUAUAGGCCUUCAUUGAAAAUGAACGACAUCGGGUAUAGCCAGAACUUUCGCCGGUCCGAAGGAGUAAAACGUAAUGCAUUGGACAAUGUAAAUAAUCUUGAGAAUAGUUUCAACAAAGUUGUCUCUAAGUGGUGGUAUACGGUAGAAGAUGAAAGCCUCGGGCCGAUCGGUUCAAAAGUCAUAUACAAGGAAGAUGGGAUGGAAGAGUUUGCCAACAUGGCUUACCACAAAUCGAUAUCUCUUGGGUGCUUUAACGCUCUAUGCCCGUUACCUAAAAGGUACGAUCUUGUCACGACCUGCGUAUACGGAGCCGUCCCUAAAAUAGGGGAACCGCUGUACUCACCUGCAGAAACCACACGUGGCUGCACCGACGAUACAACGUGUAGCACCCAAGCAGAGAGUCCUAAAUGUAUUCCAGCAGGUGACCCGACAGGACUUGCAGGACUUUGCCGAACAGAAUCCAAGGAAAUAACAGAUGCACCGAAUGCAGACAAGACAGAACAAACGGCUGCUAGUAAAAUGGAUGAUAAAAUACGAGAAGAAAUACUUCGCACGCACAACGAUUACAGAUCGGUGCUUUCUCAAGGGUAUGUUAGAAAUGGGAAAGUAGGAAAGCCAAAUCUUCCAACAGCUACCAAUAUGCUCACAAUGAAAUAUGACUUCUCACUGGAAAAUGACGCUCAAGCAUAUGCGGAUAAGUGUAGCCUCGUUGGAUCUGGUCCGAAUUCGGGCGAAAACACUCAUGUCAUUCAAUCAACAUCGGUUACUGCGCUCGAUGCAUUUAAGCAGUCUAUGCGAACAUGGUGGGAACAGAUCUCUUCAACCUCCGUGGGAUCAUGUUUGAAAUACACUACCACCUUAGAAGAGAAGAAAAACCCACUCACGAGUUUCACCCAGAUGGCGUGGGCUGAAACCUACAAAGUCGGAUGCGGGAUAAAACGCUGCUUCUCCGAGACUUUCGUAGUCUGCCGCUACGAUCCACCUGGAAACAUCCUCGGCAAAACGAUCUACAAACAAGGCGCCAUCUGUGCAACAUGCCGAAGCAACUGCAUUGCAGCACUUUGUCCAACACCUGAAAACUAA